GAAAAUAAGAAAAUAAAGGCCGGCAGGUACUUAUAUCGAUUUGCAGCGGGAUCAUUUCUCUCAGGCCUCAUGCGACUCUUCGCUUUCUUUACCUGAAAAGCUAAAACCGCCGAUCUUCUGCAAAUUGUAAUUGCCGGAAAUGGAUGAUUCAGGCAAUCCUCAGGACGUUGUUGUGCCACCAGUUGAAGGUGUUGCUGGAGGAGGGACGGCAUAUGGAUGGACUGAGGGUGGCUUACAAGGUGCAAGUCCACUCAAGGGAUCUAUCGACCCUACAGAGGUUCCGACUGCUGAUUUAGUGCAUGUGUGGUGCAUGCCAAGCACAGCAAAUGUUGGACCACAAGAAACACCAAGGAAUUUGGAGUCGGUUAAUCUUCUGGCUGGUAGAAAUGAAAGAGAGAGUAUUCAAAUUGCACUGCGUCCAAAAGUUUCUUGGGGUAAUCCUGGAAAUGCAGGGGUUGUGCAGGUCCAGUGUAGAGACUUGUGCUCCACAUCUGGUGAUCGGUUGGUUGUUGGACAAUCAAUUAACAUGCGGCGUGUGGUUCCCAUAUUGGGUGUCCCAGAUGCUCUUGCACCUCUUGAUCUUCCAAUUAGUCAAAUAAACUUAUUACCAGGAGAGACAACUGCAGUUUGGAUUUCCAUUGAUGUUCCUAGUGCGCAACCCCCAGGACAGUAUGAGGGAGAGAUCAUCAUUACUGCUACAAAGGCAGAUGCAGAGGCUCCAGCGCAUUGCUUGGGCAAAGCCGAGAAGCAUCAACUUUAUAGGGAUCUUGAAAGUUGUCUUGAAAUGGUGGAGCCCAUUGAUGGGAAACCGGUGGAUGAAGUGGUAGAAAGGGUGAAAUCUGCUACAACAUCUUUGAGAAGAGUUCUUCUGUCACCAUUAUUUUCUGAAUUCUGUACAUUAAAUGGGUCAGUUGAUAUGAUGGAGGAAGAUGCUGUUUCGAGCCUUUCAGCACGUGUGAAGAUUAAUAUGACAGUUUGGGACUUCAUUCUUCCUGCAACCCCAUCACUUCCUGCUGUUUUUGGCAUAUCUGAUACUGUAAUUGAAGAUCGUUUUGGUGUUGAACAUGGGACUGAUGAGUGGUAUGAGGCACUGGAUCAGCAUUUUAAGUGGCUUCUUCAAUACAAAAUCAGUCCAUACUUUUGCAGAUGGGGUGACAGUAUGCGUGUCUUGACGUAUACCUGCCCUUGGCCAGCUGAUCAUCCAAAAUCAGAUGAAUACUUUUCGGAUCCACGGUUGGCAGCCUAUGCUUUGCCAUAUAGUCGAUCUGUCUCUGGGUAUACAGCUAGUCAUCCAAGUUCACUUCUAUCAGCGAAGGAUUACAUGCAGAAACAAAUUGAUAUAUUGAGGACAAAGUCUCACUGGAAGAAAGCAUACUUUUACUUGUGGGAUGAGCCACUGAAUCUGGAGCAAUAUGAGUCCCUCCGCAGCUUAGCCACCGAGAUCCAUGCGUAUGCGCCUGAUGCUCGUGUUUUAACUACUUACUACUGUGGGCCUAGCAAUGCACCUACUGCGUUCGAGGGUUUUGUGAAAGUUCCAAAAUUCCUGCGCCCACAUACUCAAAUUUAUUGUACAAGUGAAUGGGUGCUUGGGAAUCGAGAGGAUUUGGUCAAAGAUAUUGUUUCCGAAAUACAAACAGAAAAUGGCGAGGAAUGGUGGACUUACGUGUGCUUGGGACCGUCUGACCCCCAUCCCAAUUGGCACCUUGGGAUGCGAGGUACACAACACCGUGCUGUAAUGUGGCGUGUAUGGAAAGAAGGUGGAACGGGUUUCUUAUAUUGGGGUGCCAAUUGCUAUGAGAAGGCAAAUGUUCCAAGCGCAGAGAUAAGAUUCAGGCGUGGCCUUCCCCCCGGAGAUGGAGUUUUGUUCUACCCUGGCCAGGUGUUCUCAUCAUCAAGUCAACCAGUUGCUUCAGUCAGACUCGAGCGCAUUCUCAGUGGCUUGCAGGACAUUGAGUACCUCAGACUCUACUCUUCAAGAUACGGUCGAGAUGAAGGACUGGCUCUCCUUGAAAAGACGGGUUUGUACCUCGGUCCUGAGCGUUACACGCACGAUCACACGCCCAUUGAUGCAAUGCGGGGUGAGAUCUACAAUGCAUGUCGCUCGUGAGGAAAGACAGUUCCAGACUUGCAAACGAACGUUGUUAGCAGCGAGAUUGAAUCCAGCAGAUCAUGAGAGAUGUUUUUGUUUUCCGCGGGUAUUGCACUUUCCAUAUAUUCAUAAUCUUUUCGUGUAAUGUACAGAUGCUUUCUAGUAUCUUCUCUUUAUCGGAGGCCGAUUACUUUACCUGCAGAAGUUUACAGUACAUAGAUAGGAAACAUCCUCGGGCUACUUAACCGAGAGAAAACUGCAUACAUUGGGAUGCCACUGCAGCAGUAACCGAAAGCAAUCACGUAAUGUCAUAACUUCUCCUUGUAGAA